GGGGGUGCUGUGGAGAGCUGGGCGCCCAGGAUGCCGCCAGAGCCUACACGCGACGGGUUCGGAUCCGGGUGGAGCUCCGUGUGAGCAGGGAGCAGGGCAGCUGGCUGUUGGUGUGCGGCGGCUGCAGUGGGAGCUCACUGGGUGCCCGCCCCGCCUGCCAUGUCCAGGAAGAAGACUCCCAGGAGCAAGGAGGCCAGCGCGCCCGCUGCCUCAGUGUUGCCCGCCGCCAACGGGCCCCGGCCGGCGCGCCCCAGGACUGCGCGCCCCGGCUCCGAGGCGCCACCCAACGGGCCCCCACAACCCGGCCGGCCCUCGCUUGGCGGUUGUGGCGACUUCUACGACGUAGCCUUCAAGGUCAUGCUGGUGGGAGAUUCAGGCGUGGGGAAGACCUGCCUGCUUGUGCGCUUCAAGGAUGGAGCUUUCCUGGCAGGGACUUUCAUCUCCACCGUGGGCAUCGACUUUCGGAACAAAGUACUGGACGUGGAUGGCAUGAAGGUGAAGUUGCAGAUCUGGGACACAGCUGGCCAGGAGCGGUUCCGCAGUGUCACCCAUGCCUACUACCGUGAUGCACACGCACUGCUACUGCUCUAUGACGUCACCAACAAGGCUUCUUUUGACAACAUCCAGGCCUGGCUGACUGAGAUCCAGGAAUAUGCCCAGCACGACGUGGUGCUCAUGCUGCUAGGGAACAAGGUGGACUCUGCCCAGGAACGUGUGGUGAAGAGGGAGGAUGGGGAAAAACUGGCCAAGGAGUAUGGGCUGCCUUUCAUGGAGACCAGUGCCAAGAUGGGCCUCAACGUGGAUUUGGCCUUCACAGCCAUAGCAAAGGAGUUGAAGCAGCGCUCCAUGAAGGUCCCCAGCGAGCUCCACUUCCAGCUGCACGACUAUGUCAAGAGGGAGGGCCGUAGUGCUUCCUGCUGCAGACCCUGAACCUAGCUGGGUACAGCCACUGGGCUUCCUGCUGGGAGGCCCAGGCUCAGCCUAGUCACUGGAAAAGCUGGUCUACAGGGCCUUCUGACUCAUCAUCCAAUGGUCAAUCCCAGAUUUUCCAGGACUCUCAGGCUAAGCCUAGCCCUUCUCUUGUCUGGGUGGCAAUCUUUGUAGCCUCAGUCGUAACAAAUGGGCUUCAGGGAGCUAGCAGGCAUGCGGACGUUCUUCACCUGCUGACAGCUAAGACCCUCAAGGGAAAGCAACUGUAAAAAGGGUAGGCGAUGCAAGGCACCUGGUGCUCUCUGCUGCCCCCUUCUGGACAGAACUCAGCCUUGAGUUUAGAGAGCAGUCCCUAACCCUUUAAAAAGCCAUGUCUUCAGCUGCACAUGCUUCCCAGGCAGAGAACAGCAAGGUUCCUGCCAAGGCUCCAAGCUGAGGGCUUCACUGAGAAUCACAUGCGUUUGUGCCAAGGACCAGGGGCGCGUGCUCACAGCCCAUACUAGGAGGCUCUGGUUUCAUCAACAGGGUCUUCCUCUCAAUUUCCCUUUAAGGAUGCCAAGACUGUGGCUUUGUAACACAAGGAAUAGCAUGUGGUAGAUUGCAGAAAUGUCAGGUAAACUAGGAUUACCAGCUGUUGCCUACUGACCAGGGUACCAUCUCAGCAGGCCAUGGCAAUGGGCAUGGUUUAUGUACAGUUCAGGCCUAUACUUGGCAAGGUCAAGCCGAGGGGGCUGGUAAUGCACUACAUCUUAUACUAAAAUCUUCAAGUCUUUUGAUUGAGGGCCUUUGUUUUCAGUCCUAGUGAAUA